UUUGAAAAAAAAGAAAAAAGAAAAAAAACCAACUGCCGAAGUUGAAGUAGUGGAAGGAUUAAGCAACUGAAAAUUUUCACAUAAAUUAGGAAAAGAAGAAGAAGAAGAAGAAGAAGAAUAAGAAAUCAUCUUCCCACUCUCAGACGGCGUUGCCCCUUUCCUUAUCGGUAAUCGCCGGAAGCAUAAAACGCCCUUUCUUUAUACUUCUACAAUGCUUUUUCCCCAAUUGCAAAAGUCGCUACCAAAAAGCGCUUUUGAUUAAAGGAAACCCCAAAAGAGCUUCUUCCUAUUCUUCUUCUUCUUCUAAUGAAAGCUGAAGAAUCCAUUCUUUGUAGUUUUCUUUCUGCAUAGUUCUUUUGUUCAAAUUUCUCUUCUGGGUUUUCUUUUGUAAGCACGUUCUAGAAGAAAAGAAUUUUGUGGGUAUUAUUAUUUUUGGGAUUUUUGAUUGAAAAAAGAGAGAGACAAUUUGUUGGAUUAUGUAUUAUCGGCUAGCGAUGUCUUCUUGUGCGGAUUCUCUGAAGGUCCUGGAAGAAGAUGUUCGGCGCGCCAAUGCUUUGGCUGCUGCAAUUCCAAGAGCCAAACAUGGUUCCUAUCUUCAAAUGAAGCUGGUUUACAAUCAAUUGGCUCCUUUCUUUCUGUUUUUGUUGCAAUGGCUGGAUUGCUCAUGCACUUGUAUACUUCCCAGAUACCUAAAUUUCUUCCACAUACUUGUUUACAAGGUUUACACUGAUGGAAGACCUAACAUAUCAGCACAUGGAAGAAAGGCUACUGUCAAGGAUUUUUAUGCUGUCAUAUUGCCAUCCCUUCAACGGCUCCAAGCAAAUGUCGAGGAGUUCGACAACGCUAAAGAGAAGCAUGCCAAGUUCGAUAAUUCUAGCGAGAGAAGAAUCCAAGGAGAUGGAAAACUCUCCAACGGUGAUUUAGAAAGAGAAGAUGAGUGUGGGAUUUGCUUAGAACCUUCAACAAAAAUGGUGUUGCCAAACUGCUGCCAUUCAAUGUGCAUCAAAUGUUACCACAAUUGGAACAUGAGAUCAGAAUCGUGCCCAUUUUGCCGGGGAAGCUUGAAGAGGAUCAAAUCAGAGGAUUUGUGGGUGCUAACUUGCAAUGAAGAUGUGGUUGAUGCUGAAAAGGUUUCAAAGGAAGAUCUAUCACGGUUCUACCUAUAUAUAAGCAGUCUACCAAAGGAAUAUCCAGACGCUCUUUUCUUAGUUUAUUAUGAAUACUUGAUUUGAAUCAAAAUAAGCCAAUUUCUGUACAGAUACAUGAAAGCCGACCGUUAAAUGUAAACAGAGUUCGGUAAGAAAAAUUAUCUCGUUUUAUGAAAAUGAAAUGGUUCAUCCUCUUUACAUCAAA